GGUGAGAGAACGAUGAAGUCAUUUUGCAUUCAAUUCAUUUUCUCCUGACCCUUUCUUUCUACUGAUGUCCUCUGGAUAGAUGAACUUGCCGUCGAUGCCUAAGAAGUUCCGUCUCUGUAGUUUACGUGGUUUUCUUGGCCAUUUUCGCGGUAGAAGAAGUGCUUCCGACAGCUUUGGCGCUAUCAGAAUCGAGCUCGUCAUUGCUUGGAGCGCUCGCACACAGCAAGAGCACAUGGUCGGCAUACCUGACGUACAAUAUUUCGAUGCAUUGCCAUGGAACGUCGACGGCGGUAUGGAUUUGCUGCCUUUCACAGAUUUCAUGGGCGUGCCCAUUUCGAAACAACAGCUGGUGAAAAAUCGCACAGAUGUAGCUGACCCACGUCAAGUCAUGCUUUUCUUACUAGGUAAGGCCAGGCUCCAUAAUGAGCAAUAAUUCGUAUUGACUG